AUGAAUCAUUUUAUAGAUGAGUAUUUUAUCUCCCCAGAUCAUUAUUGUAAAGAAAAGAAAUUUUCAUCUGUCAGAUUUCAAAGCGAGAAAAGUGGACUAAUACAAUGUUACCAUUACUUUAAAGUUGAACCAAAUCAAACAAGGAAAGGAACGGCCUUGUUAAUACAUGGAUACUCCAGCCACACAUUAUCAGAAUAUAUGAACAUUGUGGAAAACAAAGACUUUGAACUCAACGAAAUAAAAGAUUCUCAAAGUGAAAACAAAAAAAAUGAUCCUUUCUACAAAUCUCAAUUUAUCACAUCUUAUAAUGGAAGCUAUAUUGAAUAUUUCAACAAAAAAGGUUACGAUGUUAUAUCUCUUGAUUUAGAAGGCCAUGGAUUUUCACAAGGACUUAAAUGUAAUACUGAAAACUUGAAUAAUAAUUGUUUUAACAUAAUACAAAUGCUAAAAAUUGAAUUACUCAAGCAUUCUGGAGAUCAAAAAAAUGAUUUAGAAAAGUACCAAGUUUCAUCUUAUAUUUGGAAUAAUGAAAAUCAAACUAAUUAUGAUUUGAAACAUGAUGCAAAAGGUAAAAAUGAUAAAGAAAAUGAAUUCUUUUUAUAUUCAUCUAAAAUACAUAAGGUUAACCUCAAAGAUACUACAAACUAUUUGAAAGCAAAAAAAUGCAUUCAUUGUUCCGAAUUAGAAUGCUAUUUCAAAGAUACCUUUGGUGAAAAGAUUAUUUUAUGCGGUAUUUCAAUGGGUGGAGCUAUUGCAUUAAGGCUUAGUGAACUUAUUGGCCAAACAUGUGAAGAUGAUCAAAAUGGUUUCCCAGAUAAAUCAAUUGUUAAAUGCUUAAGGUCAAGAAUGGUUUGUACAGUUUUACUUUCACCUAUGCUAAGUUUGGAAUCAGUCAAGAAAAAAGCUUUAAACAGAAUAAUGUUACCUUUACUCCCAAUUACAUCUUAUUUAUUCCCAAAUCUGCAAGUUGGUUCUAGAACCCAUAAUCCAGUUUGUGGCCACAUCUCUUCCUUUUCCAAAUAUGAUCCAUUAUACUAUAAUAAAAGAGUCAAGGCGUUAAUGUGUAAGAGCCUUUUAAACCUUACUGACAUAAUUAGAGAUAAUUUGCACUAUUACCCAAUGGAUGUUCCUUUAUUAAUUUGUCAUUGUGUUCAUGAUACCAUGACAGAUUUUGAAGGUAGCGAAAAAACUAUUGGUUAUUUUAACCAAAUUAUUAAAGAUAUUAACCAUUGUGAAUCCAAUGAGAUCAAUACAUUAGCAGAGUUUGCAUUAUGGCCAAUUACGUGUAAAAAAAUGUGGCAUGUUCUAACCAGAGAAUCAGGAUUUCAGGACCUACUUGAAAAGAUUCUAAUUUGGAUAUCUAAAAAAGAAUCUUCGCACGAAAAAAAGUGCAAAAGUAUGAAAAGAUAUGACAAAAACUCAAACAUUGAACCAUUUUUUAGAUCCCUGAAAAAUAAGUCAUUAUUUAAACAUAACUUAAAUAACAAUGACAUUCAGGUUUCUAAUUAA